AUGGGGGCGCGGUUCUCCAUGCGGGUGCCAGCUCGGACACAGGCGGAUGACUAUUCGGGGGAGCUACGAUGCUGCAAAUGCUACUGGCGAUUCGUCGAGACUAGCGGGGGCAUGAACGACGCCUCCAGAUCAGUGGUUGCGACAGAAUGGACCUCCCAAAGCAUAGACUGUGCGAAAAGUGGACACUGGGAUCGAGCAAACAAGCUCCGUCGAGUGCGCAGGGUCGCUGGAGCCAGGAGGUUACAAUUGUGGUGGCUGCCGAUCCAAUGGCGCAGUCGAUGGGCGGGGCUCAUACAGCUUCUCGUCUCCGGAUCGGCUCCAAAUCUGCUCCAAAUCCCUGGACAGGAAAGGGUUGAAGCCGAUCAGAGACUAGUGGUCGGGGCAUCAUCCAUUGGGCACCCGCAGGGGCCUGUUCUGAAGGUCUGGCAAAAGGUCGCGGGUGGAAGCAUUGCGCUAAAACGAAAAAAAAAAGUCACGAUCGCCGACGUCAUCGCCCUCGGGAGUGCUGAUGUCAUCGUGCGGCCCGAGGUCCAACCAAGACUGAUGACUGCUACCUCAGUCCGGCGUUGGUCCAUGACGGAUCGAGGACAAGUCGGUGUCGAGUGCGGCAAGGUAGAGCACUACGAGAAUCGGCUAAGCGAACACCUGAUCCGUGUCCCUGCGAUCUCUGAAGAAACCCGUAUGAUUGGAACCGGUCGAUCUGCUGUGGGGGACAAAUCCUGA